AUGACGACCCGAAGAGAUGCCCUCCCUGUGUCGAAGGAUCUCGUUUACGAAACGGCCCUCGUGCUCUGGAGAUCGGUGGUCAACAUCUUCUUCCGUGAAAUCAGGCCCAGAGGUGCAUUCCAUAUUCCUCGCGAAGGGCCUGUGAUAUUUGUGGCCGCCCCUCACCAUAACCAAUUCCUUGACCCGCUUCUCCUCAGUUUACAAGUGCAUCGGGAAACGAGGCGCAAAGUACAAUUCCUGAUUGCUGCGAAAAGUAUGAAGAGGAAAGCAAUUGGUUUCUUCGCUAGCAUGAUGUCGAGUAUCCCGGUCGUCCGAGCUGCAGACGACGCUAAGCCGGGUACGGGUCAGGUGUUCUUGUCCGACGACGACCCGUGUGUCGUUGUUGGGCAUGGCACGCGAUUUCUCGAGGAAUUCAAGCCGAAGAUGCAGAUAAUGCUCCCGAAAGCCGUCAAUUCGGCUGUGGCUGAAGUGGUCGAGGUGAUUUCUGACACUGAGCUCAAGAUCAAGAAAGAGUUCGGCGGAGAGAGCGGAAAGGGAACAGCAAGGAUUCGUGAAAAGCUAAAGGAGUUACAGACAGAAGGCAAACAAGGCUUUAGUUUCAUGAAGAUGCCUUACGUUGAUCAGCAGGAAAUGUACCACCAUGUCUACCAAUGCCUGACAGAUGGUGGGUGCAUUGGGAUAUACCCUGAGGGUGGUAGUCACGACCGGACCGACCUCCUACCGCUGAAGGCUGGAGUCUCCCUCAUGGCUCUAGGAGCUAUGGCAAAUGACCCAAAUGUAAAAGUCAAAAUUGUGCCUGUCGGUCUGUCGUACUUCCAUCCACACCGAUUCCGUUCUCGGGCCGUUGUUGAGUUCGGUACGGCGCUGGAUGUACCAGAAGAUCUCGUUCAAAUGUUCAAGGAAGGCGGGACGCAAAAAAGACAAGCGGUUGGAAAGCUGCUCGACUACAUUUAUGACGCUUUGAAGACAGUCACAAUUCGAGCGCCAGAUUACGAGACAUUGAUGUUGUGCCAGGCUGCAAGGCGACUGUACAGAACGCCCGGCCAACACCUGACACUAGGGCAAGUUGUAGAGCUGAACCGUCGCUUCCUCGAGGGUUAUCUACAUUUCAAAGACGAGUCCAAGGUGCAGAAGCUUCGGAGCGACGUCCUGAAGUAUAAUCGGAUGGUUCGAGAUCUUGGGCUGCGUGAUCACCAGGUACCGCAUGCACAGAAAGUCGGUUGGAAGGCAUUAGGUCUAUUCACGUAUCGGCUGGUUUUACUAUUUGUCUGGACCCUGCUGGCCCUUCCUGGUGUUAUACUCAACGGCCCCAUAUUCCUCGCUGCCUCAAUCAUAUCUCGGCAGAAAGCGAAAGAGGCGCUCGCCGCUUCUACCGUUAAGAUAGCUGCCAGAGAUGUGAUUGCAACAUGGAAAGUUCUGAUCUCCCUGGGACUGGCUCCUAUUCUGUAUGGCUUUUAUGCAUUCCUCGCGACCAUGGUAUCCAUCGAGGCUGGUGUUCCUCUGGUAUGGAUCAUUUGGACACCAAUUCUUGUAAUGGUCACAUUACCAUUCGUGGGAUACGCUGCGCUUAAGUUUGGCGAAGCUGGGAUGGAUGUUCUCAAGUCACUAAGACCAUUGGUAGUCGCAUUGGUGCCCGGCCAAUCACAUUCACUGGACAAGCUUAGGGCAAUGCGGGUCACAGUCUCAAAUGAGCUCGCUGAGGUCAUCAGCGAGUUUGGCCCGAAGUUGUACGAGAACUUCGAUGAAUAUCGCAUUCUCGUGCCUUCUGCCAGUGUACCGGCGUCCUCAGGCCAACCCGGCAUUUGGCGACGAAAGAGUGGAACCGGAGGCAUAGACGCACAGGGCAACCUGCUUGUCCAUCCUAUGACUUGGCUGGACGAGCGACUGUUUGGCUGGAGCCGAAGCGCCUCACGAGGUACCAGCGCAUGGUCGGGCUCGCGCAGCCACGACAACAGUCGUGUACAGUCGCCCGACGCGUCCGAUGACGAAGAGGGCGACUAUGACAACGUGCUCGGAUACCUCGAGAGACGGGGCAGCUCUGCGCCGCGUGAAGGACCCCGCAGUCAGCGAACAUCCUACGCCAACUUGCACAAGAUGCACAGCGACACAAGCUCAAGUGCUGCACCAUUCCCUCCGGCUGCCAGCGGUGCAGAAGCGGUCGAGACAGAUGGCCUGCAAUUCCGACCACGAAAGGGAUCACGAACCAGGAAAGCGUCCUUGGAGACCACGAUCCCCGUCGAGCGAAUUGGUGAGCUCGACAGGCAAGAAAAGUUUUGUGAGGCUACGGAGGAGCUCAAUCACGAAGUGGAGGACGGGCAAGCAAUGAAGGACCAGUAAUGUCAACUUUUCCUGUGGGCUUUGUACGACAUAUAGCAGUAGUAGCUGCACUCGUAUGCACAAUGCAGAUCAUGCAGCUCGGUACAGCUGAAUUACCUG